GGCGGCGAUGGAUGAGCUGGGCAAGGCCGGCGCGAAGAAGGCCGAGAUGUGGCCGUGGUGGGCGGGAGCGAGUGCCGCGCAGCUAACUGCCGGGCUGGUUUGGUUCCGGCGAGGCAAGGGCGGCGGGGACAUGACGAUGCCGUUCAGGGCGUUCGCCAUCGCCACCCUCAUCGUCGGCGCCGGCGCCACCGCGGUGACCGCCGGAGUGUCCGCGGCGGGCGUCGGAUCGGUGGCGGAGAUGAAGGACUUGGGCGCGAGAAUCAGGAGGUGGAGCAGAGUUCCUCCUCGACGGGUCCAGGGAGGAGAGUAGUAGCUCCAUGGAUUUGGUCAGGAAGCUACUAGAACAGCAGGAGCUUGCAACGCAGGAGUUCCAUUGCUCGGAUGUACUAGUGAAAUGGAGCGGCAGAGUUGUAUUUUGAUCUCAGAGACUACUCCCCAUUUGGGAGAUGCAAUGCAGAGCAAUAAUCGCAUAUGUACUUUGUAACUU